GCCCCCGCUCCCGGGGCUCUGACGCCGCCCCGCCCGCGCCCGCCGCUCUCCUCCGGCCGGGUCUCAGGCCACUGCUGCCGAGAGGGGGCCGCCUUCGGGGCCGAGCGAGCCGCUGCUCUUUACAUUUGUAAAAAAUUUUUGGUUGGUGGCGGCGGUGCUGGUUCCAAGCGAGGAGGGACACGGAGGCUGCCCCCGCCCUCCCCGCACGCCCUGCUCCGCGCUCCGGCUCCGGGAGAUGUGCCGGGCGGGGAGCCCGGGCCCGCGGAGCCGCCGGAGACACGCGCAGGGCCGACCCCGGAGCGCGCAGGACAGGUUGGUGGGCCAGGCUGUGGUGCCCACCCGGUGAUGAGGGCCAAGGCUCCAAACACAGGCUACUGAGAGCCGCACGUGCCCCUGGCCGCCACCAUGGCCCGCCUGGCCGCCGUGCUCUGGAGUCUCUGUGUCACUGCCAUCCUGGUCACCUCGGCCACUCAAGGCCUGAGCCGUGCUGGGCUCCCAUUUGGGCUGAUGCGCCGGGAGCUGGCGUGCGAAGGUUACCCCAUUGAGCUGCGGUGCCCGGGCAGCGAUGUCAUCAUGGUGGAAAAUGCCAACUAUGGGCGCACAGAUGACAAGAUCUGUGAUGCUGACCCUUUCCAGAUGGAAAACGUGCAGUGCUACCUCCCGGAUGCCUUCAAGAUCAUGUCGCAAAGGUGUAACAACCGCACCCAGUGUGUGGUGGUCGCUGGCUCCGACGCCUUUCCUGACCCUUGUCCUGGGACCUACAAGUACCUGGAGGUGCAGUACGACUGUGUCCCCUACAAAGUGGAGCAGAAAGUCUUUGUGUGCCCAGGGACCCUGCAGAAGGUGCUAGAGCCCACCUCAACGCAUGAGUCGGAGCACCAGUCAGGUGCAUGGUGCAAGGACCCACUGCAGGCGGGCGACCGCAUCUACGUCAUGCCCUGGAUCCCCUACCGCACGGACACGCUCACCGAGUAUGCCUCAUGGGAGGACUAUGUGGCUGCACGCCACACUACCACCUACCGGCUGCCCAACCGUGUGGAUGGCACAGGCUUCGUGGUCUAUGAUGGCGCUGUCUUCUACAACAAGGAGCGAACGCGCAACAUUGUCAAGUACGACCUGAGGACGCGCAUCAAAAGCGGGGAGACGGUCAUCAACACGGCCAACUACCAUGACACUUCGCCCUAUCGCUGGGGCGGCAAGACUGACAUUGACCUGGCUGUGGACGAGAACGGACUGUGGGUUAUCUACGCCACCGAGGGCAACAAUGGGCGGCUGGUGGUGAGCCAGCUCAAUCCCUACACACUGCGGUUCGAGGGCACAUGGGAGACCGGCUACGAUAAGCGCUCAGCCUCCAAUGCCUUCAUGGUGUGUGGUGUGCUCUAUGUGCUGCGCUCUGUGUAUGUGGAUGAUGACAGUGAGGCCGCCGGCAACCGCGUGGACUAUGCCUUCAACACCAACGCCAACCGCGAGGAGCCCGUCAGCCUGGCCUUCCCCAACCCCUACCAGUUUGUCUCUUCCGUGGACUACAACCCCCGUGACAACCAGCUGUACGUCUGGAACAACUACUUUGUGGUGCGCUACAGCCUGGAAUUCGGGCCACCAGACCCCAGCGCUGGCCCAGCUACGUCCCCACCACUCAGCACAACCACCACUGUCCGGCCCACGCCCCUUACCAGCACAGCCUCACCUGCAGCCACCACCCCACUUCGCCGGGCGCCCCUCACCACACACCCAGUGGGCGCCAUCAACCAGCUUGGACCUGACCUGCCUCCAGCCACAGCUCCUGCCCCCAGCACCCGGCGGCCCCCAGCCCCCAACCUGCACGUGUCCCCCGAGCUCUUCUGUGAACCCCGAGAGGUGCGGCGGGUCCAGUGGCCGGCCACCCAACAGGGCAUGCUGGUGGAGAGGCCUUGCCCCAAGGGCACCCGAGGAAUUGCCUCAUUCCAGUGUCUGCCAGCCCUAGGGCUCUGGAACCCCCGGGGCCCUGAUCUCAGCAACUGCACCUCCCCCUGGGUCAACCAGGUGGCCCAGAAGAUCAAAAGCGGAGAGAAUGCAGCCAACAUCGCCAGCGAACUGGCCCGCCACACUCGGGGCUCCAUCUAUGCAGGGGACGUGUCCUCAUCGGUGAAGCUCAUGGAGCAGCUCCUAGACAUCCUGGAUGCCCAGCUGCAGGCCUUGCGGCCUAUUGAGCGCGAGUCAGCCGGCAAGAACUACAACAAGAUGCACAAACGAGAGCGAACCUGCAAGGAUUACAUCAAGGCCGUGGUAGAAACAGUGGACAACCUCCUCCGGCCAGAGGCACUCGAGUCAUGGAAGGACAUGAAUGCCACAGAGCAGGUGCACACGGCCACCAUGCUCCUAGAUGUGCUAGAGGAGGGCGCCUUCUUGCUGGCUGACAAUGUCAGGGAGCCUGCCCGCUUCCUGGCCGCCAAGCAGAAUGUGGUCCUGGAGGUCACUGUCCUGAACACGGAGGGCCAGGUGCAGGAACUGGUCUUUCCCCAGGAGUACCCCAGCGAGAAUUCCAUCCAGCUGUCCGCCAAUACCAUCAAGCAGAACAGCCGCAAUGGAGUGGUCAAAGUUGUCUUCAUCCUCUACAACAACUUGGGCCUUUUCCUGUCCACGGAGAAUGCCACAGUGAAGCUGGCGGGUGAGGCCAGCGCGGUGGGCACCGGGGGUGCCUCCCUUGUGGUGAACUCACAGGUCAUCGCUGCAUCCAUUAACAAGGAAUCUAGCCGCGUUUUCCUCAUGGACCCUGUCAUCUUCACCGUGGCCCAUCUGGAGGCCAAGAACCAUUUCAAUGCCAACUGCUCCUUCUGGAACUACUCAGAGCGCUCCAUGUUGGGCUACUGGUCAACCCAGGGCUGCCGCCUGGUGGAGUCCAACAAGACCCACACCACCUGUGCCUGCAGCCACCUCACCAACUUUGCAGUGCUCAUGGCUCACCGAGAGAUCUCUGGAGAAGCAUGUUGCUGUCACCUUUGUCAUCUCUCCACAAGCCUUCCAGAGCAUGAGGAAUACCAGGGUCGCAUCAACGAGCUGCUGCUAUCAGUCAUCACCUGGGUGGGCAUUGUCAUCUCCUUGGUCUGCCUGGCUAUCUGCAUCUCUACCUUCUGCUUCCUGCGGGGGCUGCAGACCGACCGCAACACCAUCCACAAGAACCUGUGCAUCAACCUCUUCCUGGCUGAGCUGCUCUUCCUGGUCGGGAUAGACAAGACUCAGUAUGAGAUCGCCUGCCCAAUCUUUGCUGGCCUGCUGCACUACUUCUUCCUGGCUGCCUUCUCCUGGCUGUGUCUGGAGGGCGUGCACCUCUACCUGCUGCUGGUGGAAGUGUUCGAGAGCGAGUACUCCCGCACCAAGUACUACUAUCUGGGUGGCUACUGCUUCCCAGCCCUGGUGGUGGGCAUCGCAGCAGCCAUCGACUACCGCAGCUAUGGCACCGAGAAGGCCUGCUGGCUCCGAGUAGACAAUUACUUCAUCUGGAGCUUCAUUGGGCCAGUCUCCUUUGUCAUUGUGGUGAACCUAGUGUUUCUCAUGGUGACCCUACACAAGAUGAUCCGAAGCUCCUCCGUGCUAAAGCCAGACUCCAGUCGCCUCGACAACAUUAAGUCCUGGGCCCUGGGGGCCAUCGCACUGCUCUUCCUACUGGGGCUCACCUGGGCUUUUGGCCUCCUCUUCAUCAACAAGGAGUCAGUGGUCAUGGCCUAUCUCUUCACCACCUUCAACGCCUUCCAGGGGGUCUUCAUCUUCGUCUUUCACUGCGCCUUACAGAAGAAGGUGCACAAGGAGUACAGCAAGUGCCUGCGUCACUCCUACUGCUGCAUCCGCUCCCCCCCGGGGGGAACGCACGGCUCCCUUAAGACCUCAGCCAUGCGGAGCAAUACCCGCUACUACACGGGCACCCAGAGCCGAAUCCGGAGAAUGUGGAAUGACACAGUGAGGAAACAGACGGAGUCCUCCUUCAUGGCAGGGGACAUCAACAGCACGCCCACCCUGAACCGAGGUACCAUGGGGAACCACCUACUGACCAACCCCGUGCUGCAGCCCCGAGGGGGCACCAGCCCCUACAACACCCUCAUCGCCGAGUCAGUGGGCUUCAACCCCUCCUCACCCCCCGUCUUCAACUCCCCAGGAAGCUACCGGGAGCCCAAGCACCCCUUGGGAGGCCGAGAAGCCUGCGGCAUGGACACCCUGCCCCUUAACGGCAACUUCAACAACAGCUACUCCUUGCGAAGUGGAGACUUCCCACCUGGGGAUGGGGCCUCAGAGCCACCACGAGGCCGCAACCUGGCCGAUGCUGCAGCCUUUGAGAAGAUGAUCAUCUCGGAGCUGGUGCACAACAACCUGAGGGGCGGUGGCAGUGGGGCCAAGGGCCCCCCGCCACCCGAGCCCCCCGUGCCGCCGGUGCCAGGGGGCGGUGGCGAGGAAGAGCCCAGUGGGCCUGGGAGCGCUGACCGGGCAGAGAUUGAACUUCUCUACAAGGCCCUGGAGGAGCCACUGCUGCUGCCCCGGGCCCAGUCGGUGCUGUAUCAGAGUGACCUGGAUGAGUCAGAGAGCUGCACAGCAGAGGAUGGCGCCACCAGCCGGCCCCUCUCCUCCCCUCCGGGCCGGGACUCCCUCUAUGCCAGCGGGGCCAACCUGCGGGACUCGCCCUCCUACCCGGACAGCAGCCCCGAGGGGCCCAGCGAGGCCCUGCCCCCACCUCCGCCUGCACCCCCAGGGCCCCCCGAAAUCUACUAUACUUCUCGCCCACCGGCCCUGGUGGCCCGGAACCCCCUGCAGGGUUACUACCAGGUGCGGCGGCCUAGCCAUGAGGGCUACCUGGCGGCCCCAGGCCUCGAGGGGCCAGGGCCCGAUGGGGACGGGCAGAUGCAGCUGGUCACCAGUCUCUGAGGGUACUUGAGGACCAGGGCCUGGCAGCUCCGGCCAGGGGGAAGACCCUGGGCAGGGCCCUGGUGGGAGAGGGAGGCUGGUGGAGGUAGUGGCUGGUGGACCACUCUCUCCAGCGCCCCUUGGCCAUGGGCCCUAGGGUCCCCUCAGGGGGCUCUGAUGUGGGGGCCCGAAGUGCCAGGGUUCACAGACAGGGUUUCCCACCAGCCACAUGCACCAGCUGUUUGGGAGAAGGCCAGGGAGGAGCCCAGAGGCCCCGGGGAGUUAGGGAGAGCCCAGCAGGGUGCAAGCUGCUUCUUAACUCUCCCCCUCCCCUUAUCCUGCCACCCCUGGAGGGAGCAGCAAGGGCUCUGGUCUCCCUGGGGGCGGGGCAGCUUCUGAAGUUGCCAAAGGCUUCCCUGGCUGUAGGACAGAUGGACAGCAGCCCCUGCUUCCUGGAGACCAGGUCCCGCAGCCCGGGAGAAAGCCCAGCUGAGGCUGACACUGGGAUGGGCCGUGGCCAGUGGCCUCAAGGUGGAACUUUCUCUGAAGCUCCUGCCCCCUUGCUGUUGUCCCACCUCCCCACCAAGCCUGCCCCACCCCCACAGUACACCCAAUGACCCCUCCUGGGGUGACUCCUGAUGAAGCACAACUCCUCGCGACGGCCCAGCCUAGGGUGGCUCCCAGGUCUGUGGGCUUGGCGCUCUGGGGAACAGAUCUGGGGUCUGGAUCUCCCUGGGGAGUGGGUCCUGGGCUUGGAUCUUUCCCUGGGGGGCCCCUCACCCCUUCCUUUCUCCUCCUCCCCCACUGCUGUAAAUAUUUCAACGAAAUGGAAAAGAGAAAAAAGACAAAAAAAAAAAAAAAAAAAAAAAGAAUCUCAUCACUUGAAGCCACUGGCGCCC